CCCCCCCAUCCCCCCCCCACCCCACACUCUUCCUCCCUCUCUCUUUUAUCCCAAGCACUCAGGAUGCGGAGAAGCUCGUUUAGGGUAUUUGUGCAACCGCCCAGGACUCGUUUCCCUCGCCCGGAUCGUUGCUAGUUCGAGGCGAUUAUUCCACAAAGCGCUAACUUUCCUUCGAGCGACACAGGGACGAAAAUGAGUAGGAAAGGGUGCAACCUGGAACUGUUCCUGGUGCUACUGGGGCUGGAGCUUCACGUCUCGCUCUCCUGCCCCCGCCACUGCGUCUGCUACCCGUCGCCGAUGACCGUCACCUGCCAAUCGCACGGGUUCACCACCAUCCCGGAAGGAAUACCGGCCAACAGCGAGAGGAUAUUCCUGCAGAACAACAGGAUCACGCUCCUGCUGAGGAACAACUUCAGCCCAUCCACGGUCACCCUAUGGUUGUACUCGAACAACAUCACCUUCAUCGACCCCGAGGCCUUCCAGGGCUUCGGCCUCUUGGAAGAGCUUGACCUCGGAGACAAUCGCUACCUGAGGUUCCUGGAUGCCGACACCUUCAGCGGCUUGGAGAAGCUGCACUCCUUGCACCUCUACCGCUGUGGCCUGACCUUCUUGCCCAAUGGGAUUUUCGAAGGACUCCACAACUUACAGUACCUUUAUCUCCAGGAUAACCACAUCGAGUAUCUUCAGGAUGACCUGUUCUUGGAGCUCGUGAACCUGACCCAGCUCUUCCUGCACGGGAAUAAGUUGUUGAGUUUGUCCCAGAACACCUUCAGAGGUCUGGUCAACCUCGACCGCCUCUUGCUCCACCAGAACAGGCUUCAUUGGGUUAACAAGCAGGCUUUCCAUGAUCUUCGGAGGCUGACCAUUUUGUAUUUGUUCAAUAACAGCCUGAGUUUACUGCCGGGGGAAUGCUUGGCGGAGCUUGGAUCGUUGCAGUAUCUCCGGCUGAACGGGAAUCCGUGGGAAUGUAGCUGCAAGGCUCGCUCUCUGUGGGAAUGGCUGCUGCGGUUCAGAGGGUCGAGCUCCAGCGUGGUCUGCGACUCGCCCAGGGAUGUACAGGGCAAGGACCUGAAGGUCCUCUCCGCCCAGCUCUUCAAGAACUGCACAGGCCACGACUCCCUCAACCAGAUCCGGACCAACCCCAAGCAGCACCCUCACCACUCGGGCAAGGACAGGCCGGGAGGGGGCCACCCCUCAAGGGGCAGCAACACCCUGGCCAAGGGGCAGAACGGUACCGGGCAGCGCGACGAUUCGGCCAAGAACUACCUGGGGGAGGGGGCGCCCAAGGAGCCGGCGGGGGAGCACGCAGACGGGGCGUGGGGCAACGACUACCUGCCCGACGCCAGCCAGAAGGAGCAGACCCACCGCCCCUACCCCACCCGGCACAAGUCGCGGAUUAAGUGCACCCGCCGCACCCGCUUGGAGCUCCCUCCCGGCAUCCAGCAGCCGUCGGGGAGGGCACUGAGGCCAACCUCCGCCCCCGGCUGGCUCACCCUCCUCCUGGCUCUGGUCCUCGUCGUCCGCUGAGACCCCGACCCCCCCCCCCCCC